AGCGCGCCGGGCGGUCGGGGGCGCGCCGCUCCUGCGAGAGACAUCUGCAGCCGUCGCCCGGCCGCGAGGAAGAUGGGGGACCCCCGGGACGUGGGCGACGUGAACUCCAACCUGCUCAUCGCCUCCGGCACGGGGGACUCGCAGCUGGACGAGGCGGUCGCGCAGUGGCUCACCUGGGACAAGAAUCCUAAAACAAGGGAGCAGAUCGAAAACCUGUUACGGAAUGGAAGGAAUAAGGAGCUGCGGGACCGUCUGUGCCGGAGACUGACCUUUGGGACCGCUGGGCUCCGCUCCGCCAUGGGGGCUGGCUUUUGCUACAUCAAUGAUCUUACCGUGAUCCAGUCGACACAGGGGAUGUACAAAUACCUUGAGAAAUGUUUCUCAGACUUCAAGCAGCGAGGUUUUGUCGUCGGCUAUGACACGCGAGGCCAGGUGACCAGCAGUUGCAGCAGCUUAAGACUUGCCAAGCUCACGGCUGCAGUCCUGCUCGCUAAGGGAGUGCCCGUCUACCUGUUCUCAAGAUACGUUCCAACACCUUUCGUGCCGUACGCCGUGCAGCAGCUCAGAGCAGUCGCUGGCGUGAUGAUCACCGCUUCCCACAACCGGAAGGAGGACAACGGCUACAAGGUGUACUGGGAAAACGGGGCUCAGAUCACAUCUCCGCAUGACAAAGAGAUCCUGAAAUGUAUCGACGAAUGUGUUGAGCCCUGGAAUGACUCCUGGAAUGAGAAUCUGGCGGACAGCAGCCCUCUCACCCGAGACCCUCUGCAGAAAAUAUGUGCGAGCUACAUGGAAGAUCUGAAAAAGAUCUGUUACCACAGGGAGCUGAACACAAAGACCCACCUGAAGUUUGUCCACACGUCUUUCCAUGGGGUUGGUCAUGACUACGUGCAGCUGGCUUUCCAGACGUUCGGCUUCCAGCCCCCCAUUCCAGUCCCCGAACAGAAGGACCCGGACCCAGACUUCUCCACGGUGAAGUGCCCAAACCCCGAAGAGGGGGAGUCCGUGCUGGAGCUGUCUCUGCGCCUCGCGGAGAAGGAAGCCGCCCGAGUGGUGGUGGCCACUGACCCGGAUGCGGACAGGCUGGCUGUGGCGGAGCGGCAGGAGAAUGGCCGUUGGAAAGUUUUCAGUGGCAAUGAGCUGGCAGCUUUGUUUGGGUGGUGGUUGUUUACUUGCUGGAAGGAGAACCGCUCGGCCGGCGCCGAUGUCGGGAACGUUUACAUGUUGGCCACUACCGUCUCCUCCAAGAUCCUGAAGGCCAUUGCGCUCAGAGAGGGGUUCCACUUCGAAGACACCCUCCCCGGCUUCAAAUGGAUCGGCAGCAGAGUGAAAGACCUCCUGGACAGCGGCAAAGAAGUCCUGUUUGCCUUCGAGGAAUCCAUCGGUUUCAUGUGCGGCACUUCGGUGCUGGACAAAGACGGCGUGAGCGCAGCCGUGGUGAUCGCUGAGAUGGCGGCCUGCCUGGAUGCCCGGGGCCGGACCCUGGCCCAGCAGCUGGCCGAGAUCUACAGAACGUACGGCUGCCACAUUUCCCGGACCUCUUAUUUCUUGUGCUACGAUCCUGCCACCAUCAAGAGGAUAUUCGAGAGGCUGCGGAACUUCGAUCUGCCCAACACGUACCCUGCCUGCUGUGGCACCUACGGCGUCCUGGACGUCCGGGAUGUCACCACGGGGUACGACAGCAGCCAGCCCGACAAGCGGUCGGUGUUGCCCGUGAGCAAAAACAGCCAGAUGAUCACCUUCACCUUCCAAAACGGCUGCGUGGCCACUCUUCGGACGAGCGGAACGGAGCCAAAGAUCAAGUAUUACGCAGAGAUGUGUGCCGCGCCAGAGCAGAGUGACACGGCCUUCCUGGAAGAAGACUUCGAGAAGCUCAUCGAUGCGCUGGUGGAGCACUUCCUGGAGCCCAGUAAGAAUGGACUGAUCUGGCGCUCGAUGUAGCCCCCCUCCUGCGAUCGGCUGGCAGAGCUGCCACUCCAUGCACUGUGUCACGUGGAACAAAGGAACCAAGACGAGAACUCCUGUUUGCAUUAAUUCGAUCUCCCUCUCUCGGUCUCCCUCUCCCUCUCUCUUUCGGUCUCUCUCUCUCUCUGUGUGCGUGUGUGUGUUUCCUAGCCAGUGUACCUAUAUGGAAGCAGUGCUCUUUUGCCAGCCUUCUGCCCAAGGUGGUAGGCAGCUUUGGGCAGGGCUGGGGGUCCCUGCCGGGGACGCGUGAUGCUGACCCGAGGGGAUCGCACAACCUCUUUCACCACCACACUAAGCAAGUGAAUAGAAACCCUUCGUGAUUGUUCAUGGGCUGCAUCUUGGAUGUCGGGUAUCUAGAUUCUUCGAUGUACCGCUGCCCUUGGCAGUGGGAAAACUCUCUCCAGGUGGAAGAAGAGAUGAUUCGGACUGGCAAAAAGUCCUGCUUCUUUGUAGCUCUUUUGAGUGUAGGAAUCUGUACUGUGAGUCUUAAUUUUUAUCAGUCCGUCAGUAGAAUCCAGUACUUCAGAUUUGCUAGUUCAAUCCGAGUUGUUUGGUAGCCAUACAUUUUCCUGCUAUUUAAAUCUCCUAUUCUGAAAGGUGCUUUUUGUGCAUCGGAUUCUUAUCUGUUUAUACGUUUACUGCCGUUUACUCGAUGUUUAAACAGCAGUGGCCAGCUCUGCUGCUGGAGGGGUGCUGUGUCUCAGGAUGAGAACGGGCCGGGUUGCCCACCUCGGGUCUCUUGGCCCCGGGAAAGCUGGCCUGCCGGACUUCCUGGCCACAAGGUAAUGAGCCUGCAUGCCAGCCGCAGGGUUCAAAGGGAUGCAAAAGGCCUCAGGAGAGCUAAAAAUGGACUUGCCGGGGCUGCCUUCACUCGCCUUGCGGAAAAGCCCCUCUGGGCGCUCCAGUUCACAGAGGGUCGUGACACAACGGCAAUUGAGUGGCUUGAGUCUAGAUGGCAUCCUGAAGAGACACCCCCUUCCACUUCAGUCUGCAAAUAUGCCUUCCCUACUUCUUUCCCAAGAGUGGUUAAAAUGGUAUCGCGGUUAAGAUGACUAGUGAUGGAGAUUGUUAGUUGCUUUUUAGGACAAAGAAGGUGAGCCUCAACAGUAUUUUAUUUCCGGGCCUGCUCCUUCCUGCUGCGUGCGCUGUCAGCUCUUCCCGGCAGUGCGCGUUAACCGGCAUUUGCUUCCAGACCAGCACAGGCAUUAUUUGGUACCACGGGGCCGGGGGGGGGGGCUGCAGAUUGAGAGCCAGAGCCUCCUCCGAAGAGAGGGGAUGUUUUUGGAAGGUCUUGGCGGGGCUGGGCGCCUCCAGAAGAGGUUGGGGUGUGGGGAGGGACGCCUGUGGGUCAGGGCUUUUCAUGCUCUCUGUGCUGGAGGCGCUCUUCCGCCGCCUGGGUGUGCCACAGAUGCAGGCCGUUUUCAGUCCAGUUGCCGGCACUGGGAGGGACUGGGAACGGCGCUGCUCCGUUCGGCGCGUGCGCAGCGGUGGGGGCCGCGAUUCCCUGCACGCCGGGCUGCUCCUUGCAGCAAGGUCUGGGGCACGGCAUUGCCAGGCGGGUAGCUAAGAGGCACCGGGGACGGGCAGCUGAGCUGCGCGCAAGGGAGGUCCCGGUGUGCCCCCCCGCGGUGCCUGCCGAUUGCGCUUCCACGCUCGAUGCUUGUUUCACGCUCCUCUUUGGGCAGCGCCACUUAGGGCGGCUGAGUUCUUGCCGAAGUGAAGUGGGAACCCGUGCCUGGGUCACACCCAGACGAGGGGUACUGCGGCUGGUGGCCUAGUUGCACACUCCGUGCGUCUCCAAAGCACGUUUUCUCACGAGGAGGCAUACUGGCAUAUUUUAUGUUGAGCGUGGAAGCUGGUGGGGCUGUUGCAGCUUAGCCUCGCCCUGCCGCUGGCCUCCGUCCCUCCUUUUUCCUGGAGGCCCCUUUUGGCCGAAGCUGGCAAGAUGAUGGAGGGAGCGUCUCCCGCCAGGCCGUUGGCGCGGGGACUGCAGUGGUGCCAACAUCACCAGCCGAUCCUGGUUUCCUGCGAAUGAGCCGUGCAGCCAUGCACACACGGCCUCCCCCGCGCACAAGCGCGCAAGGGGAGCUUUCCGUGAUGCCUGGACCCGGGCCUGCGGCCUGCGUCCAAACAAGCCAGAACUUGCAAGCCAGCAAGCAGCUCUGCUUUGCGCCCGAGUUGCAGCCUGGCUCGUUUGGGCACAGGCGGGCAAGGUGCCUGCUCACAUUCCUCGCAUCCUCUCACCCAGAGGUAGAAGUGAGGCAGCCCGCGCCGGAGCCUCGCUUGCUCUCGGUAGACCUGGGUGGGUCCCCAGUCCCAGCCGGGGCUUUUGGGGGAGCGGUGCCGCCUGGCGCUCUUCCGGCGGCUUUGUGCGGUACCCGCGUCGUAGCUGAAUGUAUGCGGAUAGCAGGGCGCUGCUGGGUUUGGACGAGAGGCGUGGAGCGCCGUUCGGCAGGAGUGCCCCCUUGGCAUUUCCGUGGGGCUUGUGCAAGGGGUGUUCCUGGGGGACUUCGCCCUGGAUUUACAUGCAAUAUUUAUUUAUUUAUUCUUAUUUAAAGCAAAAUGCCUUCCAGAUGGCCCAUACCUUUAAGUGAAACUUCUUGAAUGUCGAACCUCCCCCAUUUUUUUUACUCUCUCGUUUUUCUUUUUCAUUUACUGUAUAUUUGAAAGUGCUGCCGUGUAGAGAGGAAAAAUUAUGAGGAAGCCCUAACAUGGCGAUUUCCAUUCGUGUGCUGGAAGGCAUCCCAAGAAAGUUGGGCUUGCUCUUUGCCUCUUGGAAGUUCUGUCAUCCGUGGUGCCCACCCUGAAGCGUGCCGCUUGGGUACAGAAGGAGCCAAACUGAAUGGCUUAGUGAUUGCGGAAGGAAGGUUCUCCCCCGUAGCGUGAACAAAUAAAUGUACCGCAGUAAGGUUUUGGUUUAAUUUGUGAGUGCUCUCUCCAUACAGCAGCCUUCCCUUUGGGCUGCGGCAGCCACAGUUCCCGUGGCCGUUCGGCCAGCGAGGGGGCUGCAGUCCACUGCAUGGGGGGGGGGCAUCGGGAUGGGGGAGGUGGCUGCUGAGCCUGGUCCUCUGAGCUCGCUUGGCAGGGCAAGCACGCUGGCAGUUGCGAAGAGCGCUGCUCUUUCCUGGACUUCCACGGGGAGGAGGACCCUGUGCCUGUGCGAGGCGAAGACCACCGCCGCUCUGCUUUGUCCAGUGGCGUGAGAUGGCCGACCGGUGGAGGCUUUUCAUUGCUCUGAUCUGCUGCUGUGGGGAUGCUUUCCACUGAUCAGAAUGUUGGAAACCCGAUUCCAUUCGGGAAGCCUCUUUGCUCCCCUCCCCUCCUCUCCCCUCCCCUCCCCAACUGGCUUCUCGCGGCAGCAUCGUGGCCCUGCGGCUCCAUGGGCCCCCUGCACCUUUCCGUUGGGGGGCCUCUUGCCAGAUGGCAGGAAUACCCACAGUCAGGCCCGAAGGACAGCUUCCUCGGCUGCCCCGUCAGAGGCGCAGUGUGGCUUCUUUGCGACGCAUCUUCUGGGUGAGGCGCUGGUGUGGCACGGCUUUGCCAGUUGAGUGUGCAAUGACAAUUGAUCGGGUGGCGGCUGUUCUCCUCCGAUCCUGCAUUUCUUUGCUUUAAUUUCCUUUGUUCUGGACUGUUAAGACAAUCUUCUGUCUCAUGAAAUCCUGUAGCAGAGCCCCCUUUGCUCUCUCUCCAUGCAAUUAAGAUACCGGCCGUGACAAACGCACCGGGCCCCCACACCGCAUGUCCCAGGGGCUCCGUGUGCCACUUGGCCGUGGAACGAGCUGGGCGGCCACUUUCCUGCCCAGCAAGAAGCGCUCUGGACGGUCCUCCUCCUCUUUUCUGCUGGGGCAGCGCAUGGAGGCCCCUGCACUUGGCGUGGGCGCCAGCAGCCCCCUCUGCUCCGCCAGGCUUCUACCGAGGCUGCCGGCAAAGCCGCUCACGUGCAGCGGCUGUGCAAUGCACCGGACUGCGUUUUGGCGGGCCCUCGCGGCCACUGGGGGGCAUCCGGCUGUGGGCGGCACGUGUGCAAGGAAGCGGUGGCCGGGGAAGCCCCUUUUCCCAGCCCUGGCCGUAGGUGCGCUGCAAAGGAGCCUCUGGAGCUGCCGGGGCCCGUCCAGCUGGCGUUGCCCAGCGCCCGACGCCACCCGGGUGGUGGCGGGAGCGGGAAGGGCUUGGCGCAGGGGCCUGGCUGUGGCUGGAGGGUCCCGCAGAUGCUGGCGGCCCCUUUGGGCGCACCCUUCCAGCCCAGGGAGCGGAACUCUUCGUCAUCUUGGAAUGGCCCUGCUUCUCACGGCCGCGAAAGAUGCUCCUGGCCAGGUGUGCCCGCACCCAUCGCUCAGGUGUGUCGGGGCGUGUGGCGCAUGCACCCAGCUACAAAAUACACCAUGCAGAAACCAGAAGGAAGCGAGCUAUUCUGCAAAUCGCUCCGCCAGCUUUCCAGCCCAGUUUGCAGCCCAUGUGGCCUGAAGGGCGGGGGGUUUUAACCCGGGCACCAUCCAGUCUGUGGCAUGGCUUUCAGGGCACUCUCUCUGCAUUCCCCCCACUGGGAUGAGCGAAUCACCACAAUCUUGGCCCCUCAUCAGUGAAACUUAAUUACUGCCAGAGAACCUGUUUGUUAUCCUUCUGUACUUUCAAAUGUGCUUUUCUGCCUAAGAGACAAUGGGUGUAUUGUAAGCGUGGACUGAAAAUUUGCACUUUUAUUUCUGUUGGACGUUGUUUGUGUCUGGAUUAUGACAUGGAUUUAAUUCAAUGAAGUGUUAAGUGAAUAAAGCAUUCUCUUCAUAGA